CCGGAAGUGGAGCAUCUGCGAGACUGCUGAGCGCAAGCCGGCCUUGCCUGCUGCUGCCUCCCUGAUGGGGAGGAGUCUUCUACCCUCCCCCUGCGUUGCCCGCCAGGGGCGGUUGCUGCGGGCAGGUGGGCGGAGGGCAGGAGGCGGCGGCGAUGGUUUCUCGUCAGCUGUGCAGGGCUAGGACCGGCCUGGCGGGUGCUUGAAACGCCGACAGGUCCCGGCGGAACCGAGGCGGCGCUGAGGGACGCCCUCCUCGCUUCCCGCUACUGCGGCACGCGGCACCAUGCCGUGCACCUGCAGGAACUGGCGGCGCUGGAUCCGGCCGCUGGUGGCCACGGUGUACGUCGUGGGGCUCCUGGUGGCCGUUCCGCUCUGCGUGUGGGAGUUGCAGAAACUGGAGGUUGGAAUCCAUACCAAGGCGUGGUUUAUUGCUGGAAUCUUUUUAUUGAUGACAAUACCAAUAUCUCUUUGGGGAAUAUUACAACAUUUAGUUCAUUAUACUCAACCUGAAUUACAGAAACCAAUAAUAAGGAUUCUAUGGAUGGUACCAAUUUACAGUCUAGACAGUUGGAUAGCAUUGAAAUAUCCCAACAUCGCAAUAUAUGUAGAUACCUGUAGAGAAUGCUAUGAAGCAUAUGUCAUCUAUAACUUCAUGGUAUUUCUUUCAAAUUACCUGACCAAUCGGUAUCCAAAUCUGGUGUUAAUCAUAGAAGCCAAAGAUCAGCAAAGACAUCUACCACCACUGUGUUGCUGUCCGCCUUGGGCUAUGGGAGAGGUGUUGUUGUUCAGGUGCAAACUUGGUGUUCUGCAGUAUACGGUUGUCAGACCAUUCACCACUGUCAUUGCUUUAAUUUGUGAAUUGGUUGGUGUAUAUGAUGAAGGAAACUUUAGCUUCAAAAAUGCUUGGACCUACUUGGUGUUUUUCAACAAUAUAUCCCAGCUUUUUGCCAUGUACUGCCUUGUGUUGUUUUAUAAAGUACUGCGGGAAGAACUAAACCCAAUCAAGCCUGUGGGAAAAUUUCUGUGUGUGAAGAUGGUGAUUUUUGUUUCUUUUUGGCAAGCUGCGUUUAUUGCAUUGUUGGUGAAAGUCGGUGUUAUCUCUGAAACACACACAUGGGAAUGGAAAAGUGUUGAAGCGGUGGCGACUGGUCUACAGGAUUUUAUUAUCUGUGUGGAGAUGUUCUUUGCCGCAAUUGCUCAUCACUACAGUUUUUCCUACAAGCCUUAUGUGCAGGAAGCUGAAGAAGGAUCAUGCUUUGAUUCUUUUCUUGCAAUGUGGGAUAUUUCUGAUAUCAGGGCAGAUGUAUCGGAACAAGUUCGCAAUGUUGGAAGGACAGUUUUUGGGCAGCCAAGGAAAAUGUUUUUUGGUGAAGAUUAUGAACAUAAUGAACAUACGAGCUUGCUGUCAUCGUCCACCCAAGAUCCAAUUUCUGCUGCCUCUUCCAUACCAUCAUCUCCUGUGGGUCACUAUCAAGGGUUUGGACAUACCAUGACUCCAACAACGCCUACUGAGCCAACAUCUGAUGGCUUGUUUAAAUCUGCAGAACAGAGUGAGAAUCCCCCUAUUCCAACAGAGAAGCCUCUAGAUGAAAGUUAGACACCUCUUUCUUCAGAUGGUUUGGGAUUUGCCUAGACAAUACUUGCUACAUUUGUGUGUGUUUUUGCCCUUGGAAGCCCUAUUUUCUCCAGAAGAAUGUCAGUUCUGCCAAGCAGCACAUAAAACAAACAAGAUGGAUGGAAUUUAAUUUUAAAUAGUAAAUCUCUGAACUAUCAUUGAAAGAGUGUAUGCUGAGAUGAAACAUGAAUACAGAAAUAUAGUUUGUUUUAGUGCUAUAAUAUAGUAUUAAAUCAACUGUUUGAGUAACUAAAAAUACUUCAAGGAACAUUUGAUAUAUAUACCUAAAGAUACUGAUCCAACAUAAUGAAAUUAUGACAAGUUGAGUAGCAAAUGCUGUUUGGAGUAGAGCUUGGAAAAGUUACUUUUUUGAACUACAACUCUCAUCAUCCCAAUCCAGUGGCCAUGCUGGUUGUGGCUGAUGGGAGUUGUAGUUCAUAAAAGUACUUUGGAGACGAUAGACGGUGUCAGAUUCUGACUCCCAUCUCAAAUUGUCCCAUUCUAGAAUACUGUCUCAUCAGCAUGCCAGAAACUUUACAGUGCUGUUACAGACCUUAGUUGGGGUAGUAAAUGAAAUUAUUCUCACAAUAAUAUUGGCAUGUAUGUGCUGCACAGUCCAGUUAAGCAGAAGUACUUCGAUUUAAGCAUUGUAUGCCGUAUUGGCUCUAAGUGUAUCUUCACCUUAUGCAUUGGAGCUUGCUGUAGAGUGGAAGUUUAAAAGCAUUCUAAUCAGGAUUCUAAAAUGGAAUAACACUUUUCUUACUGAAAAACUGAUUGGUAUUCUUGUAUUUUUACUAGUUUCAAAAACCUCAUAGAAUAUUUCCCAAUGGUUCACCAAAUAAUCUGUGCUCUUACGGUGUGGGUACUCUUUUAAUGCCUCUUAUUCUUGAAUUCAUAGUAUACUUGCCUUCCAAAAAUGUGUCCAGAAUCAAGUAAUCUUUGUAAUACUAAUAUAGAAUGUAACAAUUUGUUGUUUUAAGGACUUUAUUGCAUCUGAUUAACAAAACUGACUUUUCUGACCCAUGAUCACAUUUGUAUCUGCAUUGCAUGCUUGCUGUCUUACCGUCAUAUAAAAAGCUGCAGCAAGGUUUACAUUUAAGUGGCACUAUCAGAAAGAACUCAGACUACUUUUAGCACUCAGAUGCCCUUUACAGGACUUGAGUGUUUAACUGCUACAUGGAUGCUACAGUGAAGUCAUCCUAUAAGUGCUUUUGCAGUACUAGUGUGUUAUGUAAAUACUUGGCCUUAUUCAUUAGGCUGCAUAUUCUAUGGCUAAAUUUGGUGUGUCCUUGAAGUGGUUAAGGGAGCAAAUCAUAUUUAUUCAUUGCCUUUAUUGUAUAUAAACAAAUAAAGUUUUAUUUAAACUCUUA